AUGGCGGACCAGAACAGUGAUGCGGCGGGGGAACCGCUCCCUGCGCCUGCCCCGGUCCGGCGCCGGUCUUCAGCCAACUAUCGUGCCUAUGCCACCGAGCCGCACGCCAAGAAAAAGUCUAAGAUCUCGGCCUCGAGAAAACUACAGCUGAAGACCCUGAUGCUGCAGAUUGCGAAGCAGGAGCUGGAGCGAGAAGCAGAGGAGCGGCGCGGAGAGAAGGGGCGUGCUCUGAGCACCCGGUGCCAGCCUCUGGAGCUGGCCGGUCUGGGCUUCGCAGAGCUGCAGGACUUGUGCCGACAGCUCCACGCCCGUGUGGACAAGGUGGAUGAAGAGAGAUACGAUGUAGAGGCAAAAGUUAUCAAGAACAUUACAGAGAUUGCAGAUCUGACCCAGAAGAUCUACGACCUUCGGGGCAAGUUUAAGAGGCCCACCCUACGGAGGGUACGCAUCUCUGCAGAUGUCAUGAUGCAGGCGCUGCUGGGAACCCGAGCUAAGGAGACCUUUGACCUGCGGGCCCACCUUAAGCAGGUGAAGAAGGAGGACACUGAGAAGGAAAACCGAGGUGUGGGAGACUGGCGCAAGAACAUCGAUGCUCUGAGUGGAAUGGAGGGCCGCAAGAAAAAGUUUGAGGGCUGAGCCCACCUGCCCAUUGCUGAGGCCUUGAAGAUGGCCCUGAGGAAUAAAGAGGCUUCUCUCUGAACUG